CAGCGUCAGUGCGAAGGAUGUCGUUGUGAGAGAAGUAACGUGUGCUGUUGCGCGUAGGUUUACAGUGUUAUUUUCUGUUUACGAAUGAUGACUUGAGCCGUUUCCGCGAAAUAUCGAGUGUUCGAUCCGACCUGCUGUUCCCAAGACCCACGCAAUAGCACGAGAAAUCGCGCAACUACUUAAAGGCGGAGAUGAGCAGCGGGGACUCCGGGUCAGGGGCGGCCAAGCCCUCGGGCCUGCGGCCGCCGUCCAAGAUCAGCCGGCCGUGCUCCGUGCAGCCCAAGCCGGCGCUGCCCGCCGCCGCCACGCCGCGCCUCAAUGGCAGUUCGGACCCUUCUGUGCAGCCAAGAAAAGUCAGUGAUGACGUACCAAGGAAGAGACUGACUGACGCACCAGUCUCUUCCUCUGCGGAGUGUCAUAUUGAUGUGCGCAGGCUCAGUGAAGCAGGCAUCAGACGUUCAUCAGAUGCUAGCAUCGUACUGACUGAAGACACUGACAGUUUCAUUAUUGGUGAUCGGAUAUGGGUUGGUGGAACAAAACCUGGACAGAUUGCAUAUAUCGGUGAAACACAGUUUGCUCCUGGAGAAUGGGCAGGAAUUGUUCUUGAUGAACCAGUUGGAAAGAAUGAUGGUUCUGUAGCUGGUGUCCGUUACUUCCAAUGUGAGAACAAACGAGGUGUGUUCUCACGGUUGACUCGACUGACCCGUGAACCCUUGCUGGAAGUAGAUGAGGAGAGAGAGGAUAAGACACCAGGAGUAACUAACGGAGGCUCAUCACCUGCAUUAACAUCACCUCGGCGGUCUACUGCAUCACUAUCACCUACUUCCUCUGUCAAAGAUCUUAACCUUCGAAAACCACCACCAGUGCCGGCUACAGGUUCUUCUUCAGCAUCUAGUGAUCUGAAACUAGGUGACAGAGUUAUUGUGAUGAGUAGUAUGGGUUCAAAGGCAGGAGUUUUGCGCUAUAUAGGAACAACAGAGUUUGCUCCAGGUGAAUGGUGUGGUGUUGAGCUUGAUGAUCCUCUUGGCAAAAAUGAUGGUUCCGUGGAGGGAAAGAGGUAUUUUGAAUGCGGGCCCAAAUAUGGUCUGUUUGCACCGGCUCAUAAAGUCAGUAAGUCCCCAUCAUCAAGGCGACCUUCAUCAUCCUGUGCCAUCCAUCGUGGGGGACCUCCUUCUGUCCGACGUGCUGGGUCAAAGGAAUCUUUAACGUCUGUAACCAGUGCUACGUCAUCAAGCAGUCGCACUGCUUCUCGAGUCAAGCUUGGUGUCACAUCACUUGCAUCACAGCAGAGGUCAUCUUUUCGAACAUCAUCCACUCCACUAACAUCGAAAACUUCUCUUCAGGAUGUACUGCGAGAGAAGGAUCUUAGAAUUGAGAAAUUAUUGAAUGAACGUGAACUGGAACGGGCACAACUAACGAGAGCUGCCAAUCAAGCAGAUGAAGCUGAACAGAAGCUAGCAUCUGUAAAUAAGGAGUUUGAUGAGUAUCGAAGUUCCAUGGAGGUAAAAAUCAAGGAAAUUCAGGAAGUUUUAUUGAAACUACAAAAAGAAAAUGUAGAACUCGGUAAUCAGUUAGAUGAUGAAAGGAAAAAGUACGAGGAUCUACAAUUUAGAUUUGAAGAAGAAACUAUAAAUAAAUCUGACUUAGAGGCUACAAAUGCAACACUUGAGCAACGUGUCCGUGAACUUGAGCUCCAGUUGUCUGGAGCACCAGAUGUGGAGGCUCAGUUGGAGGCCCUUAGGAAACAGCACACAGUAGAAUUUGAGGCAUUACAGAAGCAACAUCAAGCUGAACUUGAAGCCUUAGCACUGACUCAUGGUCGAGAGACAGAAAAACACCGCCAUGAGGCUGCUGAGCUCACAAGAAAAUUGAACGAAACCUGUGCCGAGCUUGUUGAUAAGAUCGAUCAGGUUGACAGACAAGCAAAAGCUGCUGCUGAAACUGAAGCUGAACUUCAGCAAGAAAUUGAGAGAGUUAAAAAUAUUUCAACAUUGAAACAAGAAAGUGAAAUCAGUGAACAACACAAGCUCAUCAAUGAGUUACAAGACCAGGUGAGUCAGCUCAAGGGAGAACUAGAAAAGAAGUCUCUGGACGCAAAAGAAGUCCAAGAAAGCCUUGAAAAGAAACUGAGAGAUACUACUGAUCUUCUCAAUGUUAGUGAACAGAAAUUAAAUGAAACUCAACUGAAGAAUGAAGCUGAACUGACUGAGAAAAAUGAACUGAUAAAACAAUUGCAAGAGAAAGAAGUGGAGCUUAAGAAGAAACUCGAAGACAGUGAUAAAUUGAAACAAAGUGUAGAACAACACUUGACUGAUAGUGUGAAUGAGCUCACAAUGACAAUCAAGGAGAAAACAACUACUAUACAGAAUCUCGAGGAAAAGGUUGAUGAUUUGAACAAGAAAUUGGAAAUUUCUGAAAGUGUGUUGAAGGCAAGUGAAGAAAAACUAGCAGAGACUGUCAGAAAGUUCACAAGUGACACAGAUGUUAAGAAUGAAGCAAUAAAGGUAUUAGAGGAAAAGGAAAUACAGUUGAAUAGAAAACUACAAGAUACAGAAGAUCUGUUAAAGAGUAAAGAGCAACAGCUCACAGAAACUCUUGAAAAAUUUGCGUCUGAACUAAAAGAAAAAAAUGAUCUAAUAAGUUGCCUGGAAGAAAAAAUAAAAGGAAGUAGCCUUGAGAUCACAGAGCUGAAAGAUUCAAUAAAUACCUUGAAGCAUGAGUAUGAAGACAAUUUACAGAAAAGUAAUCAGCAGCUUGGGAUAGACAUUGCAGAAAAAACAAAUCUCAUAACAGCUUUAGAGGAACAGAUUAAUAGCAAGGACGAGGAACUGCGGAUUAUGAAAAAUGAUACUUUGAACAUGAAUGAAGAUUUGUCAAGUAAAACUGAAUUGAUUACCAAACUGCAAGUUGAAGUUGAUGCUUUGCACAAAAAAUUAGAAACUGCUGAAGAAUCAGGCAAGCAGCUGUCAACUGAAAUACAGAAACUACAACUUGAUGUAGGAGAUACACAAAGAAAACUGCAGGCAGCUGAUGAGAGGUCUGCCCAGCUCAGUCUGCAAAAGCAGAAACUGGAGGAGAAAAUUGCUGACCUUAUGAGCUCCACAAGCGAUUCUUCAGUUCAGUUAACAAAGCUAAAUACAGAACUCAGUGAGAAGGAGCGGGAGCUUGAGCAAACUAAAGAACAAGUCAUAUCUGCAAAGCAGGAUAUGGAAAUGGCAAAACAAAAACUUGAGCUAUUGAUAACAACAUCACAAAAAAAUGAACAAGAACUGAAAGAAAAAAUUGAAUCUGCUGUCAGCCAUGCUGAAGAAAUUGAGAAAGAUGCAGAGAGAAAGUUAACAGAUGCAAAAAUGAAGGAGCAGGAACUUAGAGAUUUGAUAGAGAAGUUACAGACGGAUUUAAAGCAAGCAGAUAAGGAUUAUGGAGGGCAACUCUCUGAAACUAAAAGUGAAGUGAAAAGAUUGGAAGAAGAACUGAAGAAAAAAUAUAAUGAAACUAAUACUUUGAGAACGGAGCUAGAGAAGAAAUCAGAAGAAAUGAUUAAAGAAGCAAAUGAGAAAGAAAACCAGUAUAAGAAAGAUUCUGAAGAGUUAUUUAAAAUAAUUCAAGGUAAGGAUGAGGAACUAAAGCAGAAAAUGGAAAACAUUAUUGUCAUAGAAGCAGAAUUGAAGAAAUUGAAAGAAGAAAAUGAGAAAAACAGAAAUUCACAGGACAGCAUAAAAAAACUACAUUUAGAAGAACUGGAAUCACUUAAAUCGGAGAAACUUGCUUUAGAUCAAAUAGUUUCUGAAAAAGACUUGAGCAUACAAGCUUUCAUGUCUGAAAUAAGUAAACUGAAGUCAGAUAAGGAUGCAAUUGAGGCCACUCUCACAAGCAAAAACACUGAAUUAGAGGCUGUGCUGGGUCAGAUGGCAGUGCUGGAAAAUGAGAAAACUAAUUUUGAGAAGACAUUGAAAACAAAAGAUGUGGAAAUGGACAAAAUACUGGAAGAUAGGCAACAGCUAACAAAACAGGUGGCAGAUUUAAAUGGUAAAAUAGAGACCAUUGAAACUGAACUUUCUGAGACCAAGAAGCAGCUGAAUGUAAAAGAAACAGAGUUAAUUACCCAAAUAAACAUUUUACAGUCAAGAGCAGAAACUGCAGAAACCACCAUUGCUGAAAAGGAUCGUCAGUUAGCAGAGCAAACCGUUGCAUUAAGUGGAGAUGUAUCACAGUUAAGAAACAGAGCAGAGAAAGCAGAGUCAGAACUUGCUGAGAAACAAAAACUAGAGCUGGAGUAUAGAAAAACAAUGGAUGAAGAUGUCAAAGUGCUAACAAAGAGAGCUGAGACUGCAGAGGCAGAUCUGGCUAAAUGGCAACAAAUGCUGGCUGAGAAAGAUGAGCAACUAAUAAAAGCAACAGAAAAUGUAGAGCACCUCCAAACACUCAUUGAUAAGAAGCAGCAGCAAGAGAAUGUACUACAGACACGUAUCAAUGACUUGGACAAGGAACUUAAGAGUCUUACAGAACAAUGUAACGUCUUGAAGAAGACUUCAGCUGAAACAAAUCAACAGACAGAGCAAAUUACAUCUCUGCAACAACGACUACAAGAAGUUGAACUUAGAGAGAAGGAACUAAAAGCAAGUAAAGAAGACGAGAGGAAGCAAAUGGAGGCCUUAUUAGAAGAGGCAAAGUUGACACUCAGGCAAAAGGAGCAAGAUUUCCAGAAUCAGAAAGUGGAGAUACUUGGAUUAAUGGAAGAGAGGGCUAAUGCCAAGAAGUACAGAAUGAUGGUAGAGAGUAUGGAGAAGGAGAAGCAACAGUUACAGAAAAAGGUUACGGAAAUGGAACAUACAGUGUCUCAAUCAUUGCUGAAUGCUAACAGUGAUGAUCCAGCCAUUGCAAAACUAAUUGAGGAAAAGGAGACAUCUCAGAGCCAGAUUGAUUUCCUCAACUCAGUCAUUGUUGAUAUGCAGAGAAAGAAUGAAUCACUCAAAGCACGUGUUGAAAUACUGGAAAUGGGUGUCUUACCAUCUGAAGCAGAUGAUUUUAAUUUGAAUGGUAUAACACCAAGAGCAAUUCCACCACGAUUGUACUGUGAUAUCUGUGAGGAAUUUGAUAAGCAUGACACUGAAGACUGCCCUAGGCAAGCAUCAGAUUCACCACCUCCCAGUGUGAAGCAAUCGCCACGUAUUCCCAAGGCCAAUAAAACUGAUCGACCGUACUGUGAAAUAUGUGAAGUAUUUGGCCAUGACACUGCUGACUGUGAUGAUGGUGAAACAUUUUAAUGAAGAUUACAGCAAAAAGUGGUGCAUAAGUCUUUUUACUGGCAUGAGUUUCAGGAAAUGAAUUUCCUGUGUACUGCUAAGGCUGGCUGUGUGAUUAUUGUAUUUUUUAUAUUGUAAAUAUGUAAGUGAAUUUUAUGUAAGUACUAUUGUAUGAUGUAUUUAUAGUACUGUAAAAACAAACCCUGUGACAUGUUAUUUUUUUAUGAGAAAUAAAAUUCUGUUUUCAACAAA